CGGCAACUUCCAUGUGUCUCUGAAUUUUGUACAGCUGGAGCCAGCAUUUGUUUUUAGGUUAGAAAAAUGAUUAAACAUUGAUAAAAAAUUAUUCAAUCAUUAGUGAUAAGCCACGUUUAAACACGUGAUCAUAUUCUGCAUUGGGCAUUAUCAUGAGUCUUUAAAUCCAGUUAAUGCUUUGUUUCAAAUUUCACUCUUGUAGAAGCCGCAUGCAUUGAUGCUUGUUAUUUGGGAUACUAAAAUAACAUAAAGCAUGUGCGGAAUCUGGGCAUUAUUUGGAAUCGAGAGCAAAUCGAUUGCUCACUGCGAUGACUCCUUUUUCAAGAUAAAACACCGUGGUCCGGACGCAUGGCGUGUUCAGCAUGAUCAAGAAGUUAAGGACGGCUUCCUUGGGUUUGUUAGGUUGACAAUUAUUGACAGCACAUAUGGCAUGCAGCCACUGGUUCUGCAUCAAGCCCCGCAUUUGUCUGUAAUUUGCAACGGAGAGCUGUACAACCACAAAGCUCUGGGAGAGCAGUUCGGCUUCGACUAUGAGACAAAAGGUGACAUAGAAUGCAUUCUACAGUUGUACAAUGCUUAUGGGAUCGAGAAGGUGGUGGAGAAUUUGGAUGGUGUGUUUGCGUUUGUGUUGGUGGACAAGCGAGCGCAGAAAGUGUACGCGGGCAGAGACCCGUACGGCGUCAGGCCGCUCUUCCGGUUGGUCGCUGACGACGGAGUGCUCGGAUUCUCAUCAGAAGCCAAAGGUCUUAUCAACUUGGAAAAUAUGAUCCCAAAAAGUAAAUUCAAAGUCGAGCAGUAUCCACCAGGUCAUUACUCAGAAUACAAAAUCAACCCAGAUGGAAAAUGCACUCUGGUCAGUGAGAAGAGGUAUUACACCGUCGGAAUGAAGCCGAAGUUCCAGUUGUACACUAAUCCUUCAAGUUUGGUGCCAAAUGAUAUUUGCCAGAACAUCAGAACUCUCCUUUGCGCUUCAGUGAGGAAACGCCUGAUGUCGGAGAGACGUAUCGGCUGCUUGUUGUCUGGUGGUCUUGAUUCUAGCUUAAUCGCCGGCAUUCUUGUUCAAGAAUCAAAAGCAGCUGGCAUCCCAUACAAAAUACAGACAUUCGCUAUCGGAAUGGGUGAAAGUCCAGACAUUUUGGCGGCGCGGCAGGUAGCCGCUCAUCUGGAUGAGCAUCAUGAGAUCAGCUUCUCGGCCGAAGAUGUGGCCAGUGUUCUGGAUGAGGUCAUCUUCCACUUGGAAACUGCUGAUAUCACAACAAUUAGGGCUUCUGUUGUUUCUACAACUUACAGUUUAGAACUUCGAGUCCCCUUCCUCGACCAAGAAUUCACACACUACUAUCUGAAUCUACCAGCAGAAGUAAGACAGCCCCGCGAUGGCGUUGAGAAAUUCCUGUUGAGGUCUGCUUUUGAUAAAAUGAAUCUCAUUCCAGACUCUAUUCUAUGGCGACACAAGGAAGCAUUCAGUGAUGGAGUGGCGAGCAUAAAGAAGUCGCUAUUCCAGGUUAUCCAAGAGUUCGUAGAUCCCAAGGUGCCAAAUGAUGCUCUCAAUUCUGCUGAAAAGUUGUACCCGCAUUGUACUCCAAAAACGAAAGAAUCUUUCUAUUACAGGAAAGUAUUUGAAAAGUUCUACCACGACCAGGCUGGUUGGCUGGUGCCCUACUAUUGGAUGCCGAAAUGGACCAAUGUCUCAGACCCAUCGGCGCGCUUCAUUAAGCACUACGCUGCCAAAGACGAUGGCAGUUAAGCAUCAGGAAAAAGCUUUACACGAUCAACUCUGUGCACAUCAACUCAUACUGUACUAUUUCUUCAUAUAUGGUGCUAACAGAGUUUCCAUAACUUGAAUCCAAGUUGUGUUCAAUUAAGUUAUGUUGCAUUUUCAUAGCGAGAGAUUAUAAAAUAAUAACUCGUAGUUACACUAAUCUAAUAAGUCGAUCAAUUCAAUAACAUUGAAUUAAAAGUGAUUAAGCUUUAAAAAUCUGUGAUUUCCGAUUUCGAAACUUUUCUUAAGAAGAGAGUUUAAAUGACGUCUUAUAAUAAUGAUGACUUUCAUUGUACUUUUGUACAACUUGCUUUAUCAUCAUAAUCCAGUUCAUGAUGCAAAAUUGAUUUUAGUGUUCUUAGAACAUGGAAUUUGUAAGAAUAAAAUUCAUCUGAUUGAAAAUAUUAUUACGUUUUUAUUUGAAAUAUUAAUUUUCAAACCUCAAUUAAAAACGCUGUAAAACACAACAGAUGAAGAUAAAAUGUGUUUGCUUCAGUAGCCGUAUGUGCAAUAAAAUGUUGAUUGCUGAA